AUGUACCCAGAUCGACCGAUUCGUCCGUUGCCAAAGCGAACGAUCAAAGAACGCCUAAGCCCACAGCAGGCUGGCAGCAUCAUCUACCCACCGGCGCCGCCGAGCACCACUCCGCUACUCGGAUUUUCUUACAGCCAGUCGGACAAGAUGAAUGCAAGUGGACAACGGCUGAUGGACCAUGGCGAGCACACGUGCGAUUGUGGCGCCGACCACUCGGAGCCAGAGAGCGAUGAGGAGUACAUGAUCCGCGGUCCUCGCCCAGCAGACAGGGGCGUCUACGGUAUUUCUGAACUCGGGCCAAGGAUGAGAAGUAAUUUAGGCACUGCAGGUACACCCUCAAAAGUCGGUUAUCCUCCACAACCGUUAAGUGCGGCGAGCUCAGCAGAUGGUUAUGAAAGCUUCGAGAACAUGAGCAAUAAGAAGAAGAGAAAGAUUCCCAACCAUGCAAAUGGCAGCGGUGGGAGUCACGCUUCGAGCCUGGACAGGGACAUGGCUAGUCUAGAAAUUCAGCAUGGGACCACAGUCAAUGGUGAAUCUAAUGUUAUAGAUUCCACGGGUGGUUUACCGACCGUGAAUGGGAACUACAACGGAGCUCGUGCUGCCACCGCGCCUCCUUCCGGGACAGGAAUGGGGAUCUCAGGACCGGGACGGGGACGCAACGGGAGGCCGGGUACUAGGAACAGUGCUGGUGAACGUAAACCGCUGGGGUCUUCGGCAAAUGCAUUGAACGCCUACGCUAAUGGCCGUGCGAAUCGACCGCGACGAGACCAGAACGGAACGGCCGGUGCAAACAAGGGUCGAGAAGGCAUCAUCAGCGCCGCUAUAGCAUCCGCCGCCGAACAAGCUCCAGUCACACCGCAGAAGGGCAACGAGAACGUCAGUUUGCUAUCACAGCAAGCCCCGUCGUCAUCUCAGCUACCUUCGCCUGCAUCCUCCCAGAAAACGCAGUUUACAUUCACUUGCGGCUCCGAUUCCGCUAACAAGGUGAACUGGCCCCCCCAGAAUGGCUCACCUCAGACACCAUCAGCUCCGCAAAACAGGGCAGCUCCACCAGGAGACGUCCGGCGCAACGUUGCCACGCACUCAACCCAAACAGGCCAUCAAGUAUCUAACGGCACGCACAACCCCGUCCCGCAGCACUCAGGCCAGUACGCUCCGCCUCCCCAACCCGUCCCAGGCCACCCCAACGGCCAACAAGCCCCGCCUCCGCCGCCAAACCCCAAGCCCCGCCGGCGCCGCAACCCGGACGCGUCCCUGCGCGCAGCAGCCAAGCAGCGCCGCCUACAGCAAGAAUACCAGAAUUUCCACACCAAGAACGCCGAGAUCUGGAUCUGCGAGUUCUGCGAAUACGAAGCCAUCUUCGGGCGGCCGCCCGAAGCUCUGAUCCGCCAGUACGAAAUCAAGGACCGCCGCGAGCGCCGCCGGCAGGAGGAGAAGCGUCGCUUGCUCGAGAAGGCCAAGAUGCGGAACAAGAAUAAGGGACGCAAGGGCGCCAAGAAGGGCGCCAAGACGGACCUCACGCAUGCGCCCCCGCCGACGCCGCUGGAUAAUCAGCAGUAUCCUGACGAGGGGUAUGAUGAUGUGGAUGGCGAGUAUUUCGACGAUGAGCACGAGGAUGGGAUACCGCCGGUGCCGCAGCCGCCGCCGAUGCCGGGGGCGUAUGUGGGUGAUACGGGCGGAGGAAGGAGUAAAGCGUCACUUCCGCAGGUUCCGGUCACGUCGGCGGGACAGCCGGGGGGUGGAGCGAGGGCUGUAUAG